AUGGAACUCAACCGAGAAAAUUUUCGCGCCAUUAUUUAUUACAACUUUCAGAGACAAUUAUCGCAACAAGAAUGCCUUGCUGAGUUACUGUCUGUUUUCGACAACCAAGCGCCACAUCAGUCGACAAUUUCCCGUUGGUAUGGAGAAUUCAAACGUGGACGGGUGAGUCUUAGCGACAAUACCAGGGUGGGUGCACAAAAAACGGCAGUCACCCAGGAAAACGUCGAUGCUGUGCGCAAACUCAUCAUUGAACAUAGACAUGUGACAUAUCGCGAGGUUGAGGCGUCCUUGAAGAUCUCAAAGACCUCAAUUCAAAAAAUUUUACAUGAAGAAUUAGAAGUAAGAAAAUUAGUUUCUCGUUGGAUACCCCACCUGUUGACUGAAGAGCAGAAAACAGCCAGGGUUAAUUGGUGUCAAAAAACGCUUUACCGUUUCAAUUCCGGAAACUCAAAAAAUGUGUACAGCAUUGUUAGUGGUGAUGAAUCGUGCAUUUACUGUUAUGAACCAGAAAAUAAACUACAGUCGGCUGUUUGGGUGUUCCAAGGUGAAGAAAAAUCAACAACCGUCAUCCGUUCUCGAAAUUUGUCAAAAGCGGGUCAUAUUGCAACAAUUCCUCUUAAUGAGCAAAGAACUGUUACUGCGGAUUGGUAUGUCACCGUUUUUUUGCCAAAAGUCAUCACCAAAAGAAUCAACCUCCACCAUGACAAUGCAAGCUCGCACACAGCCCAAAAAACAAGGCAGUAUUUAACGGAAGAAAACGCGGAAUUAUUGGACCAUCCUCUAUAUAGUCCCGGCCUAAGUCCUAACGAUUUCUUUACUUUCCCGAAAAUAAAAAACAGACUGCGUGGUCAAAGGUUUCAGUCACCAGAAGAAGCAGUUGACGCAUUCAAAAAUGCCGUUUUGGAUCUGCUAGCAAAUGAGUGGAAUAAGUGCUUCGAAAAUUGGUUCGACCGUAUGCAGAUGUGUAUUAAUCUUCGUGGAGAAUACUUUGAAAAACAAUAA